AUGGACACUAAGAACCAUACAGGCAGUUUACAUUUCUUUCUCCUGGGACUAUCAGACGAGCCAUCACUACAGCCACUCAUGUUCGGCAUAUUCUUGUCUAUAUAUCUGAUCACUGUUCUCGGAAAUCUGCUCAUUAUCCUGGCUGUCAGCUCUGACCCCCACCUCCACACCCCCAUGUACUUCUUCCUCUCCAACCUAUCCUUGGCUGACAUCUGUUUAAGCACCACCACCAUCCCCAAGAUGCUAGUGAACAUCCACACACAGGACCAGAGCAUCACUCAGGGAGGGUGUCUCCUCCAGGUCUGCUUUGUUUGGAAUUUUGCUUUCUUGGAAAACUGUCUCCUGGCAGCUAUGGCAUAUGACCGUUUUGUGGCCAUUUGCCACCCACUGAGCUACACAGCCAUCAUGCACCCACGCCUCUGUGCUCUGCUGAUUCUUUUCUCCACACUCAUAAGUGUUGUGAGCACCCUCCUUGUCAGUCUGAUGGUGUUGCAUCUAUCUUUCUGCACAGACAUGGAGAUCCCUCACUUCUUCUGUGAGCUGGCCCAGGUCAUCAAGCUGGCCUGUUCAAACAGCCUUGUCAAUAAUGUCCUGACUUACACUGCCACUUUCCUCUUUGGUGGUAUUCCACUCUCAGGAAUCAUUUUCUCCUAUUCCCAAAUUGUUUCUUCUGUUCUGAAACUCUCCUCAGUGAGAGGAUGGCACAAAGCCUUCUCCACUUGUGGCUCCCACCUGUGUGUGGUCUGCUUGUUCUAUGGGGCUGGGUUGGGGGUGUACAUCAGCUCUGCUGUUGCUGACUCACCCAGGAAGAUGGCUGUGGCUUCAGUGAUGUAUACUGUGGUCCCUCAAAUGCUGAACCCCUUUAUCUACAGCCUGAGGAACAGGGACAUGAAGGGAGCCUUCAGGAAACUUCUAGGAUUACAGGUGUGA